AUGGUUAUAUUACCUGUAGUACAGUGUAUAAUGAUGUAUUCAAUUGUAGCCGAUAUAGAAAUCGACGAGGCAAUUCAAGAUGCCGUUGCCAACAAUGCUCCGGCACCAGCACCAGCACCAGAACCAGCACCAGUGGUGCGGCGUAUAAAUGGACGUCCCGACGCCGACAUUCAACGAAUCCUAGAACUGAUGGAGGAGUUGGUCCGGCGGAGGGACAAUCAAGACGAGCAAGGGCGAGGCCAAAGAGCAGAGAGGAGAGGAGGAGGAAGAGGGAGAGGCGGAAGAGGGAGAGGCGGAAGAGGACUGAGGAGAGGAGCAUGGAUAGAUAGAGGAGGGAGAGGAGGAGAAAGAAGAAGAGGCGUAAGAGGACAGAGAAGAGGGGCAUGGGCAGAUGGAGGAGCGAGAGGAGGAGAAAGAGGAAGAGGUGUAAGAGGACAGAGGAGAGGAGCAUGGAUAGAAAGAGGAGGAAGAGGCGGAAGAGGACAAGGGAGAGGACAGAGAGGUGGAAGAGGACGUGGGGAAGGGGAAAGAGGACGACGGGAUAUGGGAUCCAUACAAUUUUAUUUUAAUUAUUAA